AUGUCGACACCGUCCAAAAGGAGGCUGAUUCGCGAUUUUAAGCGCCUUUCCUCCGACCCCCCCGGCGGCAUUUCUGGCGCGCCAUGUGCCGAUAACCUGCUUGUAUGGAAUGCCGUGAUUUUUGGUCCGGCGGAUACGCCGUUUGAGGACGGCACGUUCAAGCUGCUCCUCACGUUUGACGAGUCCUAUCCCAACAAGCCCCCCACUGUGAAAUUUCUCAGCAAAAUGUUCCACCCGAAUGUCUACGCGAAUGGCGAGCUCUGCUUGGACAUUCUCCAAAACCGCUGGAGCCCGACCUAUGAUGUCGCGGCGAUCCUGACCAGUAUCCAAAGCCUGCUACACGAUCCCAACCCAAACAGCCCCGCCAAUGCAGAGGCCGCCUCUCUAUACCGCGAAAACAUGAAGGAAUAUGUCCGUCGUGUGAAGCUCACUGUGGAGCAAAGUUGGAUUGACGAAAGCGAAGAGUCUACCCCGGCACCGGCUGCGGACUAG